AUGAGCUACGAUCCAGAAAAGGGAUAUGGCAAUGGAGGCGCUGCUGGCAACGAAGCACCACCACCUCCACCACCUGCAUACCAAGAGCAAGCGAAUGGAAAACCUCCACAGCAGCAGGGUGGAGGCAAUGAAUACAACACCUACAAUCAGCAACAGCAACAACCUGAGAUGCAACAACAACAACAGGGUUACUAUAAUAGCCCUGGCGGCGGACAAGCUCAAACUUAUUACGAGCCACCUCCUCAACAAACAGGCUAUGUGCCCCCAGCACCUAAUAGUACCCAACAAGGCGGUCGCAAUCGAUUCAUGUCGUUUUAUGCUCCUCCCAAUAAUAGGUCUUUGGGAAUGAAGCGUCGUUUGUGCACGACCAUUUGCUGCUGCAUAAUUAUUGGUCUUGUUGUCGGCUUGUCAGCUGGCCUUACACGUAGAAACUACUACAGCUAUAAUAAUGGAUACAAUGGAUACAGCAACACGUAUGGCGGCUAUUAG